CGGGGGAGUCGCGAAGAGGGGCAAGUUCUUUUAACGUCGGAUGCAUCUGAGGCCAUGCAGGACUAUCAGAACUUGCCAAUUGACAUACAGACCAGCAAGUUGCUUGACUGGCUUGUGGAUAGACGACAUUGUAGCCUGAAAUGGCAGGGCCAGGUCCGCACUGUCCGUGAGAAGAUUGCCACAGCCAUCCAAGACAUGCCCGAGAAUGAAGAGAUCAGACAGCUUCUUGCUGGUUCCUAUAUUCACUAUUUUCACUGCCUCAGGAUUGUGGAGAUCCUUAAAGGGACAGAAGCUUCCACUAAAAACAUAUUUGGUCGCUACUCUUCUCAGCGUAUGAAGGACUGGCAAGAAAUUGUAUCACUGUAUGAAAAGGACAACACUUUCUUGGUGGAACUGGCCAGCUUCCUGGUGCGGAAUGUCAGCUACGAGAUCCCUUCUCUCAAGAAGCAGAUUAGCAAGUGUCAGCAAUUGCAACAGGAAUACAGCCGCAAGGAGGAAGAGUGCCAGCUGGCGGCCACCGAGAUGAGGGAGCGCUUCUAUGGCUCCUGCAAGCAGUAUGGAAUUACGGGGGAUGAUGUGCGCCGGGAACUUCUGGCCUUGGUGAAAGACCUGCCAUGCCAGCUUGAUGAGAUUGGGGCUGGUGCCAGGGGGCUUCUGGAAGCCAUUGAUCUAUACCAGGCCUGUGUACAGUUUGUGUGUGACAGUUCCACAGAGCAGGUCGUCCCAUUACUACGGCAUAUGCAGGCUCGGGGCAACACCACCAUCUACGAGUGGAGGCGGGGGGUCAAGCCAACCUCGGUGGAACGGCCAAAGACGGAGGAAGUGAAGGAAGCGGUAGAAGAGGAUGCGAUUGACUGGGGUGACUUUGGAGCAGGGUCGGCCUUGGGCCCGGAGGCGGUUGAUUAUGGAAUCUCAGUCGAAGGAGCAAGCGAGGAGAUAGACUGGGGCAUUUCUCUGGAGUCGGAGGCUCACGAGAGCAGCGAAGGCAUAGACUGGGGGGACAGGAAGGAGGAGGAGGAGGCUCAAAUCACACUGCUGGAGGCUGGCAGCGAAGUCCCAGAGGGAAUGGCACAGGGACCUGAUGCUCUCAGCCUCCUGGAGACCUCAGAGACCCGGAAUCAGUUCAUCGAUGAGCUCAUGGAGCUGGAGAUCUUCCUUUCCCAGCGCAUCAUUGAGACGAAUGAAGAAGCAGACAUCCUCGCCGUCAGCCAGUUCCAACUAGCUCCGCCCAUCCUUCAGGACCAGACCAAAGAGAAGCUGGAGGCCAUGGUGGCAGCCAUCCAGGACCUUAUUGGCCGGCUGACCAACCUGAGAAUGCAGCAUCUUUUCAUGAUCCUCGCCUCCCCACGGUACGUGGACCGUGUGACUGAGCUCCUCCGCCAGAAACUGAAACAGGCUGACCUGCUACUCCUGAAGAAGGAGCUGAUGAUUCAGAAGCGGCAGGAGACACUGGAAGAGCAAGCCAGCCUGGAGCCGAAGCUGGACCUCCUUGUGCAGAAAACCAGGGACUUGCAGAAACUGAUUGAAGCAGACAUCUCUAAACGGUACAACGGCCGGCCAGUGAACCUGAUGGGUGCCUCCCUCUGAUUUCUUUGCCCCAUACAUAUGGACACCUCAAACACCCUUUGUGGGGUGGGAGAAGGAAGGCACGACUGACAUCCUCAUCCAAAGAGAAGCGAUGCUGAGGAGAAGGGAGAAGAAUGCAGGAGCGCAAGAACCAAGGAGAAGGGAUGCCAGCUAGGCGAGCCCCAGAGGUUUGGGUUGGCUUAGUGGGAAGGGUUCCUUGCCCCCAUUCUGCAUGGAGCUGUUAAGCAUUUAUUAACAGCUCCCUCAUGGUUAAAUAAAAGUGCCACCUCCA